CGGAGGCGCUGCGCGGGGGUGCCGGCGGUCCGAUUAAUGAGAAACAUAAUGUAUUUUGGUGGCACAUGCCAGAGCCCCGCUCUCCCAGCCCUGGUUCGCCCGCCAGCCCCCCCUCUGACGCCGUCGCUGGAUAUUAAACCAUUUCUCCCCUUCCCCCUCGACACUGCCGCCGCAGUCAACCUCUUCCCCAAUUUCAAUGCGAUGGACCCGAUUCAGAAAGCUGUAAUAAAUCAUACAUUCGGGGUUCCUCUUCCUCAUCGAAGAAAGCAAAUCAUAUCAUGCAACAUUUGCCAGUUGAGAUUUAAUUCCGAUAGCCAGGCUGCGGCCCACUACAAAGGCACGAAACAUGCCAAGAAGCUCAAAGCACUGGAAGCCAUGAAAAAUAAGCAGAAAUCUGUCACUGCCAAGGACAGCGCAAAGACUACCUUCACCUCCAUCACUACCAAUACCAUCAAUACCAGCUCUGACAAAACAGACAGUGCCACAGGGACACCAGCAAUAUCAACGACAACUGUGGAAAUCCGCAAAAGCAGUGUUAUGACAACUGAGAUCACCUCUCAAGUGGAAAAAAGCCCUACAACAGCCACUGGCAAUAGCUCAUGUCCUUCCACCGAGACCGAGGAAGAAAAGGCAAAGCGGCUUCUUUACUGUUCGCUAUGCAAGGUUGCCGUCAACUCCGCCUCACAGCUGGAGGCGCACAACAGUGGUACAAAGCACAAAACCAUGCUAGAAGCCCGGAAUGGAAGCGGGACUAUCAAAGCCUUUCCUAGAGCAGGGGUGAAAGGCAAAGGACCAGUUAAUAAGGGAAAUACCGGCCUGCAAAACAAAACAUUUCACUGUGAAAUAUGCGAUGUGCAUGUCAACUCGGAAACACAACUUAAACAGCACAUUAGCAGUAGAAGGCACAAAGACAGAGCUGCUGGGAAGCCCCCGAAACCUAAAUACAGUCCUUACAACAAACUACAGAAGGCAGCACAUCCGCUGGGGGUAAAGUUAGUAUUUUCAAAAGAACCUUCAAAGCCAUUGGCUCCACGAAUUCUACCCAACCCGCUGGCAGCUGCGGCAGCCGCUGCUGCUGUGGCCGUGAACUCCCCCUUCAGUCUCCGAACUGCCCCAGCAGCAACGCUGUUCCAGACGUCCGCACUCCCGCCCGCACUCCUGCGGCCCGCCCCGGGGCCCAUUCGGACCGCCCACACUCCUGUGCUGUUUGCUCCUUACUGAAUUCCACAGGGGAGUCCUUGUACUGCAAUAAUUUUUCAAAAAAAAACAGAAAAACAAAACAAACAAAAGAGAACUAUGCAGUGUUUAUUUAUAGUUUAAAGUAUAUCUGAAGAGCCAGGACUUUUGAUAGUGAAUUGAAAAGAUUAUUUAA